AGGAGACUAGUAAAUUGGCGCCAAAUGGUCGUAAUAUUUUUAUUGGGUUGUUGUUUUGUGUAAAAAACGCCUUGUUUGUGUCUGCUACUAUUCGUAUUUCACAAUUUAAGCCGCUAAACGUAGAAUGAAGUGUUCGAUACCAGAAAUAUCAUGGCACAACCGGGAGCCCGUCUUGAGUGUUCAUAUUCAACCCGUUUUGGAGAAAUUUUAUAGGUUAGCAACUGGUGGUGCCGAUUGUCAUGUUUUGAUUUGGCAAUUAACAAUAAACGAAAACGGUAGUGUUAAAAUCGAGGCUUUGUCUGAUCUAACACGACACCAAAGAGCUGUGAAUUCAGUUCGGUGGUCACCAGGGGGGCAGCAGCUCGCGACAGCUGAUGACGACGCAAAUAUCAUUAUUUGGCAACUUAAAACCGAUAAUAUCCCUCUACUGGAAGGAGAAACGAACGAUAAAGAGACAUGGAUAGUGCAUAAAGUAAUGCGGGGGCACAAGGAAGACAUUUACGACUUGUGUUGGUCACCCGAUGGCUCAAAACUUCUAUCGGGGUCUAUAGACAACACUGCCAUUUUGUGGGAUUUUCAGAAAGGCAAAAAUGAACAGAUUUUAACCGACCACAAGGGAUUUGUCCAAGGCGUGUCGUGGGAUCCCAGAGGUCAGUUUUUGGCCACAAUCAGUACCGACCGCAUCUGCCGCAUUUUUGAAAAUACCGGUAAACAGGUGAAGGCUAGAAUGCACAAGGGUCUAUUACCGGUGCCGGAAGAUCAUUAUCUUCACAACAAAGAAGUGAAAUAUUUUCAUGAUGACACGUUCAAGUCAUUUUUCAGACGCUUAGAUUUUUCACCUGAUGGUUCUCUCCUGGCUGUUCCUUCAGGUCGCAUUGAAAUCGAGGAUUGUAAAAAAAUUCUCAACUGUACCUUGCUUUUUGCAGUAGAUAACUGGGGAAGUCCAAUUUGUUUGUUUCCAUCUGGAAAACAGUGCAGUACAGUUGUCCGUUUCUGCCCAAUUCUCUUUGAACUGCAUGAAGACGGACCUGAUCCGCUAGUGUCUUUGCCUUAUAGAAUGGUUGUUGCGGUUGGGAGUGACCAUGACGUAAUUUUAUACGACACUCAACAGUUGAUGCCUUUUGCGUAUUUCAAAGACAUCCACUACACGAGAUUAACAGAUCUGACUUGGUCUAAAGACGGCCAGUUGUUAAUAGCGUCCUCAACGGAUGGUUUUUGCGCUCUUAUCACCUUUGAGCCGAAUGAAUUAGGAGUGGAGUACAUUAAAGAAGAAGAAGCUGAGGAAAGUGUUUUGGAGAUUAGUGGAUGUGAGGAAUUACCGGAUCACGAUGAGACUGUUGAAGUUAACAACCCGAAAAAACUAAAUUUGUUGGAACAAUGGGCAAUCAAAACGCCCAAAAAGGCAAAAACUGAAGGAGACACAAGUAAAAGAAAACCCGACGAACCGAACCGAUUAACCCCAAAACGAAUAAAACCGAUUCCAGUAAAAGAUGACGAAAAUCAGAAAAACACGCCUGCCACCAUCAAAAGAAAAGAACUUCCCUCGCCUAAAGCUAGCCCUCUUCUAAAUUUCCUCAAACCUGUGUCGAAGGAAAAAAUUGAAUCGCCCGUUUCAACCCCUAAAAUAUCCACAGUUGAUUUGAUUUUAGACGAAGCAGAGGCUCGAGAUGGCUGGCGCUGUGACAAAGAUGAGACUGUUGAAAAUAAACAAACAGAACCCAAAUUAGGCGAUGACGAAUACACGGAAGAAUUCAGUUUGCAUUUAGAAGACACGAAUAGUAAAAGUUGUGUUCAAGAAAACGACCAAAAAGAAGCCACUGAAAAUUGUGUUCCUAAAGUUGAAGCAGACAAAGCAGCGACAAACACAGAAGACGUGAAACCCAAGAGACGAAUUCCCUUAAUCACGUUGUCAAGUCCCAAAACUACGAAAAAAUAAAGUUUGUUACGUAUUGUAAAUUUUAUUUAUGGUUCGCUUUUUCGUUCUUUUUAUUUAUCAAGUGAUGUCAAUAAAAAAAGUAUUAUUUUGA